GACGCUUCAAAUUUCAAGAUGGUGGGUCGCACAAGGAAGAAAGAUGUUAAAAGCAGGCUAGGAAGGCGUAAUUUUACUACAACUAAAGCUAAAACGGGACGAAUUCGCGACGCAAGAGACGUACUGAAACAGAAAGGCUCAGCCAAGGGAAGGAUUGGCAAAGUCUCAAAUCUUUACUCAGCCUCAGGAAGGCCAAAGCAAGCGUCCAGCACAAACACAAAAGCCAGAAUCCGUAGGCUGAUGCCUUUGAAAGAUAUGCUGGGAAAAACAGAGGGUGUCAAAAAAACAAAUCUCAAAGACAGAUCAACUACUAGGAGUAACACUCGUACAUUAUCCCUGAGCAGCGGCAGACUUCGAAUCACUACAAAACGACCAGAACUCUGCCGAAAAGCCAUUGUAUCGUCAGAUACCUUGAAGAUUGUUACACCAUCAAACAGCAUAAGCAAAACAGAGAAACCUGAACCAGAGGCAACCCCAAGACGGACAUUAAGAAAUGAUUUAUAUUCAUCAAGACUGUCAAAUAUGGAAGAAGAUUUGAGGACGUCGAGUCCCAGCUUAUCGUUCAAAUCGUUAACCGAGGAAAGGCCAUCGUUAGUUAGACAAAGCCCAGCCAAGCGUGUUGCUCAGAAUAAUAAAAGGUUAACAAAGAUUGUGGUAACAAAUCUUCAUUCGCGUGUGAUUCAAGCAGAUAUUGCGGAGUUGUUUGGUGCAAUUGGUCCAUUAGUAAGUGUCAAGAUGGAGAACUCUGUUGCAGAGGUGGUAUUUGCAAAUGCAAAAGAUGCAGAGAGUGCAUAUCAGAAAUAUCAUAACCGGAUGUUGGAUGGUCAGCCAAUGAAGUGCACUCUUGGCAUAGCCAACUCAGAAGUAGAAAGGACGAAAGAGAGAACAGGUAUCAAUUAUUCAGGAGCUGAACUCGUCUACCCACCAACUUCAUCAAGAUCAGUCGUGUUUCAAGUACGAAUCUGAACGAUGUUAGCACUCUCUCAUUUAUCUGGCACGAUUUAUUUCCUCUGUCAAAAAAUGUACAUUUGUUUUGUUAUUGACUAAGAUAUUGACUUUUACUUUGACUUUGACUGACAACUAAAGCUCUGCAGGCUGUAGCAAUCCAGCAUUGUCAACUGUCACAUAGUUUUAACUGAGGCCUCCAUAUAUAUGCGCUAUGGAAAAUGUAAAUUUUUGAAAUGGGUCGCACUUACCAAUAAAAUAUUGCUUUUAUAU